GCGAAGAAGCCCCGGCCUCCUGUAGAGCUGGUCUCCCUCUGACCCUCUCUCCUCUGCGCUUCCGCUGCGUCGGCCGGCCCUGCUCGUAGCUUGGAGGCGGCGGCAUUCUCCGGCAAUGGGGUGCAAGGCGUGCGACAAGCCCAAGCCCAACUACCGCAAGGGCCUGUGGUCGCCGGAGGAGGACCAGAAGCUCCGCGACUACAUUCUCCUCCACGGCCACGGCUGCUGGAGCGCGCUCCCCGCGAAAGCCGGGCUCCAGCGGAACGGCAAGAGCUGCAGGCUGCGGUGGAUCAACUACCUUCGGCCGGGGCUGAAGCACGGCAUGUUCUCCCCGGAGGAGGAGGAGACGGUGAUGAGCCUCCACGCCACGCUCGGCAACAAGUGGUCCAGGAUCGCACGGCACUUGCCUGGCAGGACCGACAACGAGGUCAAGAACUACUGGAACUCGUACCUCAAGAAGAGGGUCGAGGGCAAGGACCAGGGGCCCAGCACGCCCGCGCCGGCGGCGUCCAAUUCGGACGACGACUCGCACUGCGUCAAGCAGCGCAGGGACGACGACGGCACGGCGGACUCCGGCGCGUCGGAGCCGCGCGAGUCGUCGUCGGCCGACGACUCGAGCUGCCUGACGGACCCGCACGCCUGCAGGCCCCACGCGCCCGUGCCGCCCAAGGUCAUGUUCGCGGACUGGCUGGACAUGGACUACGUGGGCGGUGCCCUGCCGGCGACAGCACCAGCAGCACCUGGUCUGCUCGGCGCUGCGGGCGUGGCCACGGCCAGCACGGGCGACCGCGAUCAGCAUCAGGUGAUGAGCAUGAGCCAGGGGUCCGUUCAGGUGGAUGGGCCAUCCGGUGCCGAUGUGUCCCUGCACGGCUUCGAUGACAGCGGCGCCGGCUGCUGGGAGUUCCAGGAGCACUUCGAUGCCAUCGAUCACAUGCAGGCGGCCGGCUUCUGCGACCUGCUCUCCAUGAGCGACUACUUCGGCCUCGACUAGACUCCAACCCUGGUUGGUCAUCCAUCGUUGGUGAAAGGAUUUGCGUUUUUUUUUAUUUACACUUUGUUAGAAGUCUCGGUGAAAGGCUUGCUUGUGUUGUAAAUUACUGUCGUGUACGUAUAGAUAGAGGAAUUUUAAAAAGCAGAUAAAAGUCAAGGACCUACAUUGUAAAAAUGUUGUCGUGUUUGUUGUGGUUCGCUUUGUAGAGUAGAGCACCGACGGAAGGAAAAGGAACAGAUGUAGUAGUUAUACUAGCAAGUACACAUACGUUGCUACCUUUACAUUUAUACUUGAGUGUCAAAUAUAAAUAUAAAGACAUGUGUGUUUUAUUGUCU